CACCAUGGUUGUUUUGGUAUCCGCUAAUGUAGCAGUCAUCUGUCAGAAAGGAGGUGAUAAACUUUAACUAGCCAGUUUUAUCCACUGGAUUAAGGCCGCACGUCAGUAUCGUCUUUACUAUGUCCUGUCCAAGUUGAUGAAACGAACCGUACUUCGAGUUAAAGACAGAUAUUUAGUUAUUUUGGCGAGUUGUGUUAGCUGGUGGUUAGCUAGCCUGUUAGCUGGCUGUCACUCUGUCAACAAGUUGUGUUCAGGAUGGACUGCACGGCGCUGGAGCUCGAUGCUGUCAAAUUUGCCAAAACAGCUGUCACCUAUGACCAGAGCGGCAAAUACAACGAGGCUGUGUUUUAUUAUAAGGAAGCAGCCCAGGCCCUGAUAUACGCUGGCAUGGCGGGGUCCAAACUGGAGGGGAUCCAGGACAAAGUGAAUGAGUACUUGGAUCGAGUUCAAGCCCUCCACAAUGCUGUCCAGAAGAGCGACCCGCUGAAGUCCCGGCAGCAGGUGGACCUGGAGCGCGCCCAUUUCCUGGUCACGCAGGCCUUUGAGGAAGACGAGAAGGGAAAUUAUGAUGAAGCCAUUGAGCUGUACUCUCAGGCUGUGGAGCUGUGCAUUGACACGUCCAACCAGACAUCAGACCAGGCGCUGCAGACCAAGCUGAAGCAGCUGGCACGUCAAGCUUUAGACAGGGCGGAGGGUCUCAAAGAAUCCCAGUCCAGAUCAACUCCAACUCAGGACAGGACGGGGCCUCCUGGAGCCAAGCCCAGCAGUGGGGCCAGCUCUGGGGGACCAGUCCGCCAGUACUUCCCUCUGGGGCCAGACUUCAGCCUCCAUGACCGACCACAGCCCCAGCCGAUACGAGCAGUCCAGUCCAGCGAGCCCCAGGGUCAGCGCUACACGUCUGAGGAGAUCGAGGUGCUCAGGAGUACAUCUACAAUCAAUGGCAUAGCCUACGUGCCCUUCAUGAGUGUGGACCUGAGGGAGCGAUUUGCCUUUCCUGUUCCUUUCUCGGACAAAACAGGGAAACUGGCACUGUCUCCCAAACAGAAAGCCAUCUUCUCCCGCUGGGUCCGGCCAGACGAGAUCGGCAAUAACCCCACCAUGAUCAUGUCUGUGUCCAGCUUCAGCAUCAAACAGACGGUGGUGUCUGACUGUUCGUUUGUGGCGUCACUGGCCAUCAGUGCGGCCUAUGAGAGACGCUACAACAAGAAACUCAUUACCAGCGUCAUCUACCCUCAGAACAGACGAGGAGAACCAGAGUAUAACCCGUGUGGGAAGUACAUGGUCAAGCUUCACAUUAACGGAGUUCCCAGGAAGGUGAUCAUAGACGACUACCUGCCGGUGGAUCGUAACGGAGAGCUGCUGUGCUCCUACUCCAGCAACAGGAACGAGCUGUGGGUCUCCCUGAUAGAGAAGGCCUACAUGAAGGUGAUGGGAGGCUACGACUUCCCUGGCUCCAACUCGAACAUUGAUCUGCACGCGCUCACCGGCUGGAUCCCCGAGCGCAUCGCUAUGCACUCAGACAAUCAGUCAUUCAGCAAGGACGACACUUUCCGUAUGCUCUUCCAGAGGUUUCACAGGGGUGACGUCCUCAUUACCACGGCAACGGGGGUGAUGACAGAGGAAGAAGGGGAGAGAUGGGGCUUAGUCCCAACGCACGCCUAUGCUGUUCUUGACAUCAGGGAACACAAGGGAAUGCGUUUCCUGCAGCUGAAGAAUCCGUGGAGUCAUCUGCGGUGGAAGGGACGUUACAGCGAGCGGGAUGAGAAGAACUGGACACCUGACCUCCUCAAGUACCUCAACUUUGACCCCAAAACAGCACAGAAGUUUGACAAUGGUGUUUUCUGGAUUGCAUGGGAGGACCUUUGUCAGUACUAUGAUGUCAUCUACCUGAGCUGGAACCCCGCCCUGUUCAAAGACUCCUCCUGUAUUCACAGUAGCUGGGAUGGGAAGCAGGGUCCAGUGAAGGACGUCUACAGUCUGGCCAACAACCCACAGUACAAGCUGGAGGUCCAGUGUCCAACAGGGGGAGCAGCUGUGUGGGUGCUGCUCACCAGACACAUCACUGACAAGGACGAUUUUGCACAGAACAGAGAGUUUAUCACUCUCGUCGUUUACAAGACAGAUGGGAAGAAAGUCUACUACCCAGCGGAUCCCCCUCCUUACAUCGACGGCAUCCGUAUCAACAGCCCACACUACCUGACCAAGAUGAGGCUGACCAGCGCGGGGACACACACCUUCACACUGGUGGUUUCCCAGUACGAGAAACAGAACACCAUCAACUACACACUGCGGGUGUACUCUGGAUGCAAAUUCACCUUCUCCAAGAUCCCAAAUCCCUUCACUCAAACCAAAAGGAUCAAUGGUCAGUGGAAGGGCCCCAGCGCUGGAGGUUGUGGGAACUAUAAGGAUUCAUACAAACACAACCCCAUCUAUCAGAUCAACCUGGAGCGGGGAGGACCGCUGCUCGUCGAGCUCCGAGGAUCCAGGCAGUACAGUGUCGGCUUUGAGAUGGUGACCGUGUCGACGGUGGGAGAUCCAGGCCCGGCUGCCUUCCAGAAAAAGAGCAGUGGAGAUUACAGAUGUGGCUUCUGCUACAUGGAGGUGGAGCACGUCCCAGCAGGCAUCUACAACGUCAUCCCCACCACCUUCUUGCCCAAACAGGAAGGACCCUUCUUCCUGGACUUUGCCAGCACCUUGCCCAUCAAGGUCUCUCAGCUCCAAUGAAGAUGGAGCUGGAGAGAGGACGGGGCAGGGUGACUGGGAGAGAGUGUCAUGGGAUGUCACUGGAACUGUACUUUGGAUGUGAUGAGGUACCAAUGAAACACAAAGACGCCCAGAAUGUGUCACAGCGUCUCCCCAGCUCCUCUCACUGAGACCUUUGCUGAGGACAGACUGUGACCAAACCACACAGUUCAGUGAAGGAAUAAUUUAUUAGUAAGGAAUCAGCAGGAGGAACCUCAGUGUGGAAUAAAACCCGUCAACAAUCGAGAUGUUUUGGGACAAAAUAAAAUAUGCUUACAUCAGAAAUUACACAGUGAUAGUGACAGAGAGCAGUUGUACUUCCAUUUGCCAUAAUAAGAUCGACACAGAAUCUAUGGAGCAGCGGUGUCGUUGCUCUGAUCAGACUGUUAAAUCUGUUGGAUCUCAUGAGGUAACAGUGAUCAUGUGACCACUUCCUGGACUCGACAGGAUGAGGAGAAGUAAUGGGCUUGAAAUGAUCACCAGCCAAGGCUGCAUGAGAGCAGCAAAGUCUUUUCAGGUUCUGUUUUGCUGCAGUGAGCACCUCAACAGUCCACAAGUGCGUUCUGAGUUUUUGAUCCUGGGUGGAUUUUUUUAAGUUAAGGCAUAUGUCAUUUUUCUAAGUUCCUUAGAGAGCUAGGAGAGCAUCUGUCCUCAUUCUUUCAUGGCUUGGGACCCUUGAUUACAGUGGUAUAGUAUCUUCAUUCUGCAGUGAGCAGCGAUGUCUCAGACAACAGUGUUCUUCCAACUUUGUGGCAACCAGCUCCAUAAAGAAAUGCUUUUCCCAGUUUCGUUUUGAAGAACUUGACUGACCUGCACAGAGCUCUGAUCCCAUCCCCAUCCAACAUGAGCUAGUGUUGGACUUCACUGAUGCUCAUGGGGUCAAUGGGAGUAAACGCCUUUGCACACCAAGUCUGUAUUUUUCGUAGGCUUUUAAAAUUUGUCAUCUGAUAAAAAUGGUUACGCACAGAAACCUGCACAUUGAAUUAGUCCAUUGUGUUUCAUUGUUUUCUCUCUCUUGCUGCAGAUCCUUAAAAAGUCUAAAGCCCAGUUCAGACCAAAGAUUUGCAACAAGAUGAAACCGCUUUAGAACGUUGCAGAGAAAAGAUGCAGCGGUGUGAACUGGCCGUCUGAGCUCGACUGAAGCCAGCUGAUGGUGACACCUGCAACUCAGCUGGUCAAAUUGUGGGCGGCUGGUUUUAGAACGUAAAGCUCAUCGCCUGUUUCUACAGCCGAUCGGCUUGUAGUGAAGUCCACUGGUCCGGUGUCGGGAUGGUGGGUCACUGCUGCUGCUGCUGGCUGUAUGUGCUUAUGCUUAUUUUGGUGUAUUGAUUAUGAAUACAGUCCUUCUGAUGCUGGUUUUGUGUCUGUUUCUUGCCGUUUCAUCACUACAAAUGCAGCUGUAGCCAGUAUCUCACUAUCACUAUCCUCAUUCAGAUUUUAAGAAGCUACAAAUUAUAUUCAGCCACAAAAUAAGUCUGAAACACUGCAAAUCAGAACAGAAGUACAGAGAGUUGUUGACUAGAGAUGAUACACCGUCUCAUCUAGUUGCAUUGGUGUGAACCAGCAGGUUUUCAGAAUGCUGCAGAAUGACACAUUGCCAGUAGUUUAUUGUUUCAUCUCAUCUCGUCGUGAAUCUUUGGUCUGAACUGGGCUUUAGGGAGCAUUGAAUUCGGGCCGUAGAAGGCCGUAAUUGGUGUAAAAUCUCUUAAGUCAAUAUUUCAAAAGUCUUCAGAAUGCUCGGACAUGGGAAGUAGGAUUUUAUGAGUAUUAAUUUCCUGACGUUGCAUUGUAAAAUGUCAAAAUAGUUUUUCUUAAACAAUAUACAGAAUUCCUCUUGCAAUAACAUCACACUGAUCAGGAUAGUGGAACAAACACCACUCAUAUUUUGUUUCUGCUCAGAGCAGAGGAUCCACUCUCCGUCCACGUCUUGCAUUUCGCACUGCAGCUACCAGAGUUAUGAAAUGACACUGUGCACUAGGGCUGGCAAUCACCAGAGGAUCUACGAUACGAUAGUAUUAAGAUACUAAAGUCAUAUUAUUGGGAUGUUAAAUAUGUUGCGAUAUGCUGAGUAUUUUGAUAAAACAUAUUGUGGUUAUCGCCUUUUUUCAACUGUAAAUUUUGUCCCCAAAAGAAAACUUUGUCAACAUCUGUUUUAUCUGAUAAGAUAAAGUUUUCAGUCUGUUCAUCUCACUUCAGCUGUCUUCUUUGCAGCAGUAAAAUGUAUCUAGAAGACUGAAAAAGCAACUGAGUAUAUUAUUCCAAAAGGCUACUUAAAGUUAAAUUUGUAUUUGAAAUUUUAAUAAGUUAUAUUAAAAACAAAUCGUGUGACGAUACAAUAUUGCCACACAAAAAUAUUGCGAUACAUUGUUGUACCAAAUUUUCCCCGACCCCUACCGUGCAGACAUAAAAUUUUACUCUGCCAUAAGCAUCAUUAUUGCUGGUGUGCAUUUCUGGAUAGUCUCAUGUUGCCUUCUCUUUCAAGGAGAAGACUUUGCUCCCAUAUAUUUCUCCUCCUUUUUCCUGCUGGCCUGCUGUUCGCUUCAGGCCUGUUCCUCUCUCUUGAUGUGGACGUAUGUGUCCCGCAGGUUACGCCACAGUUUCUUCACUGCUCUUUGUUCGAACAACUCUCUAAAGGCUUUUCAUAAAAAAGAAACUUGUUCGGGAAACUUAGACAAUGGACAAAAGUUUCGGAGUUGGUGUGCAAAGGCCUUAAAUCUCUGCAGCCAGGUUGGACAGACUGUGAGUGGAGGCUGUCAUAGCAGCCAAGAAGUGGAUCUUAGUUGAGACUUUGGGUGAAAUUUGACAAAUGUCUCUGGAACAUCCGCCUCAUUUUCCUGUUAGAAACCAGAGCAGUGACAGCUCAGCGACAGUGAUUCAUCCAUGCAGGCAGGUGCAGGAAAGGUUCAUGAUGAUGUCUCAGUAAGAGAGAGACCUGUCAAUCAUCCAGUGUGGAGUCAGUGUGGAGUGACGGCUGUCUGUGGUGAAUUCAUACACAGUCCUGCUGAGCAGAAAUAGCAGGAAAGCUUUUCCCUGCUGUAACUUAAGUUGUGUUGUACAUCACAGUGUCACCUCUCCACAGAAAGCAAAAAUAAAAAUCAAGCCCAAGAUAUAAACCCGAUUAAACCAGAUCAUAAAUUUAUGAUCAUGAUAACUCUUUGUUAUGGAAAGCCAUGGAAAGAACAUACACGGUGUGACAGGAUGGAAAAUGAACUCGUGCUUGAGAUGCUCAUAACUGCAGAACAACUUGAGAAGAAUAAGUUGCUUGAUUCUGGCAGCCAUGAUACAAAAUUUUACUUUUAUCCCUGUCUUUAUUCAAGAGCGUGGUGUUUCAAUUUGAAAACAAGAUUCAGUAAUUUAACUUUCAAGUUUUGUUUUCCUUCCCUCAAACCCCUGCCCUCACACUCAAACAGCUCCUGCUCUGCUCCUGUUCAGACUGUCUGCUUUCACUCAGACAUAUUGUUGCCGUCACAGAUUUCCUGCGCUCCAGGAUAUUUUAAAGAACAGGUGCCAGGCAGUUGAUGGAUUUCGCACAUUUUAGGUGUUUAAAUGUUAAAAGAUUUAUAUAGAGGUUUCACAUUUUUACAAUUGGAAGAUUGUCAGCAUUGACACUGGAGAGGGGCUGAAGAGCCACAUGUGGCUCCGGAGUCACAGGUUGCCUCCUUCUGUCGUAAAGCGUCUCAUGCAGGUGGUUACUCUUUAACCAGGUUCAUUCACUUUAUUAAAUGUACUUCCCUUGUUUUUUUCAGCUUUUGACAUUAAGGACAGUGAAUAAACAUGCUAGCGCCCUUACUUUUUUACUAUAAUAGUUAGCUAUGUUCAGCACACUGACGGGAGGCUGAUGUGCUCUACAGCUACUGUUAUACUGGAGGACAAAAUGUCAUGUGAUCUGAGAGCAGACACUUCACAAGUGCACAGAAAGACCUUGAGAGCGAGGAGUAAAGCUCAAGCUGGAGCACAGGAAAUCUGUGAAAGCAACACUAAAUGAGUGAUAGCAGAGCAAACAAAGUGCAACAGAGGGUGUUUGAGGGAAAGAAAACACAAUUUGAAGGUUGAAUUAAUAAAUCUUGCUCUCAAAUUUAAAAAAAAAAAAACAAGCUCUUAGACAAAGAUAGAGAUAAAACCCUGUAAGAAUUUCCACAAAUGAAAGCCUCAGUCGUCCCUUUCUUUAAUUAUUGCUCCACCUGACGAUCAGACUCAGAGUUAAACAGUCCGGAGUCAAACUAGUAAAACCUGAUUUAAGGUCUGUGAGGUGGAGAAGCGGUUAGUGUCCUUAAAUGACCGUGAAGGUUUUUUAUUCUCAGGAGCAGUGCAGCAGAGCAGCACCACAGGGAAUCCAGUAUGGCAGCAGUUGAAUGAUGUCUCUUCAUGUUGUCUGUGGAUGUGACGGCUGAGUGAUGAAAUAUCAGCCUGAUUUCACUGACAGGCCUCACGUCAGCAGCACUCAGCUUCACACAGGUGUCACACGCUGUAUGUGCGAUACCUCUAUGUGUGUGUGUGUGUGUGUGUGUGUGUGUGUGUGUGUGUGUAAAUGUUGGAUUGUCCACCUUCUACAAGUAAAAUGUAAAUGUAUUCCCAAGUACACAUCCUCUGUUUACCUUUUUUUGCUGAUAUACUGCACUUUUUUAUCAUUUCACAUUACUGUUAUUGUCACACACAAUGUAUGGAAAUGAAUAUGUCACUUUGUUUCUUCAACGCUCGCAGUUUGAAAUGUAUUCAGAAAGCGUCUCACCUGUCCGUGGUCACCUUGUUUUCAGGGUGAAAAGUUUCACCCAUCAGCAGUCUGUCAUGCGCAAAUGUUGCUGCUGCUUGUCUCUGCAACUCGAGCAGUCACAUCACAAUUCUUUGCCACCGGCAUCUGUUGCAGUCGUGGGUUCGCUGUGGAGGAUUAGGGUCUCAUUUAUAAUUGCGUACGCACAAAUCGAGGCCUGAACGAGACGUGCGCCACCUCCCACAGAAAAGUUGUGAUCUAUAAAAACAGACUUGAUGGGAGAAACAUUGCUUACGAACAUUUUGGAGACGGGAAAUUGGCAAUGCAGAUGGUGAGGUGGAAGCCUGAUUGUAGACAUUGUCAAAUAUUUUUUGGUGCACGCCAUCAUGUAGAAUCAGUCAGCCACUGUCAACCUUAAAGGGAUAGUUCAGAUUUUUUGAAGUGUUGUUGUGUGGGUUACAUGUGCAUAGACAGUAUAUUUCAUACAGUAGAUGUCAGUCGGUACGCUCCAAAGAGCAUGGUUCGAAACCAGGGGUGGAGUUUGCAUGUUCUCCCUGUGUCAGCGUGGGUUUCCUCCAGGUGCUCCAGUUUCCUCCCACAGUCCAAAGACAUGCAGGUUAAUUGGUGACUCUAAAUUGUCCGUAGGUGUGAAUGUGAGUGUGAAUGGUUGUCUGUCUCUAUGUGUCAGCCCUGUGAUAGUCUGGUGACCUGUCCAGGGUGAACCCUGCCUCUCGCCCAGUGUCAGCUGGGAAAGGCUCCAGCACCUCCCGCGGCCCCUAACAGGAUAAGUGGUUACGGAAAUUAAUGAAUGACUCCAAAGUGCUUCUCCAAACUGGGGGCGCUCCAACCGACAUCUGCUGUAUGUAAUACACUGGAUAUGAAUAAGUACCCCAUACGACCCCACUUAAAUAAUCUGAACUCUCCCUUAAAGUCACGGUGUGUUCCGACCUGUGUGUGAUUUUUUUUUUUUUUUUUUUUGUCAAACUUUAGUUUUCUUUGCAAAAUCCAAAUGACAAGUCCGUGUCAGACAGCUGACGGUAUUGUAAUGCCCUUUAAUUUUGAAUGUUUACAUGAAGGUAAAUAGGAAAGAGAAUCUGACUGCAGCGGACGACACAGGGUGAGUUAGUUAGUGUUGGUCUUUCUGUGGAGCCGGAUCCACAGCUGUAAGCUGCUGUAGUGAAUGUAACGGCCAAACAACCAAGGACUAUUUACAUUUCAUUGUUCUGUUUUUUUUUUUCAUUUAAUUAUUAUUUAACCCAUUAAAUGUUUUUUUUUAAUGUGGAAAUGUCCCUCAGAAAGUCACAGAGCCAAAGGUUACAUCUCAGCUAAACAAUAUUGGAUUUUCGGUGAUGUAACAGAAAGAAAAGCAGCAAAUAAUUUCAUUUCUGAACCUGAACCAGUGAUGUUUUUGUUUUUUUGCCCAACUAUCGAUUAUCAAAAUUGUUGCUGAUAUAUUUAUUAUUGAUUGAGUUAUGGUUGUUGCAGUAUUCACUGGUUUCCUGCAGCGUCUAAAGUGUGAAUGCAGACGUCACCAGACUGCACCAACAGGCCACUGAAUGCAUUUUCCCAACAUAAUUUAAAAAUGUUUCAUAUGCUUUCAUUGUGUUAACCACGAGCUUUGGCUUUGCUUUACAAUCAUACAUUUAUUUUAAAGAGAGCUUGCCUCCAUUAUUCCAAUGUCCACACUCUGUAUGUGAUGAACUUGAUCUGGAUCAUAAUAAUGCUUCUGGGGAGCAGGGUGACAGUUUUCACUCGUAGUUAGUGUUCACAGUAAUCCAUAGUAAAGCCAGUGCAGGCUGCUUGUUGACUGUAAAUGAACUCUAGAUGCUGGUGUGCUACAGUACAAGGUUGAAAUGUAUUCAGAGUGAGAUAAAGCUUUAAAUAUCCAUUGCCAAGUAUUUCUGUACCAUAUCCACUUGCUGAUUGAUGAUAAAGCAUUAUGAUUUCUAUGGAUGCCAUAUCUUUCUGUUACCAUAUUCAGUUAUGUCUUUUUAAUUGGCAACAAGCCGACUAAUUUAAAUAUGCAGCAGGACAAUCUUGCAGCAGGCUGUUGUAUGAAUGAUGAUGUAAUGUUUGCAGGACUUGCACUAAAUGUUGGUUAGACUGACGUGUUCGAACUUUGAAUACAGGAAAUGAUAUCU